GUUAAUUAAAUUAAUUGAGUAGAAUUUUAUACAAAAUGUCUAUUUAAUUGGAAUGAAAGACAAGUAUCUGUGGGUUACUUGAUUUGUAAUGAAUGUGUCCUAACCAAAACUACUUUAAAAAUGAUAUGAAAAUUCGAGACCAAAUUGAGUGUUUUUAUGUAGCAUGUAUGCCAUGUUGGAGUAGUUUUACUUCAUUUUUAAAAAUUUAUUUAUGUUGUACUAUUUAUUACACUUGACAAAAAUGUCACAAUUUCACUAAAAACAUUAUCUGUACUUUUAAUAAUGGUUUUAUGAUAAAACGUUUGAGUCUAGGACGAAAACAUCAAUGUGUCCUAACCCGAACUGCUUUAAAAUUAUGGCAAAAUAUAAUUUUCCAGGCCAAAUUUAAUGUUGUAUGUCUGUUAUGUUGGAGGAGUUAUACUUUUGUUUAAUUUUGCUUCAUUAUAUCUGUUAUAUAUAAUUUUUUUUAACACUUAUAUGACUUUUAAAACUUUUUAUUACUUAAAAUACCAUCUGUACUCUCAAUUUGGGUUUUAUAAUGGCAAUUGUUUGAGCCUGAAAAUACUUAAUGUGUCCUAACCAAAAGUGCAUUAAAUUAUAGUAAUAUAUACAAUUUUCCAGGCCAAAUGUAGUGUCUUCAUGUAGCAUGCCUGCCAUGUUUGAGUAGUUUUAUUGUAUUUCAGUUUAAUUUAUCUUUAUCAAGCAGUGACAAACCAAUUUUCAAAACCUCUACAACUGCAAAAAAAAAAUGUAAACAAAAAUAUUGUUUGUACUUAACAAGGGUUUUAUGAUGGCAACAGUUUAAGCAUGGAACCACUACUGCUUUAAAAUUGCAUUAUAAUAUUAAUGUUAUAUUUACAUACUGUAUAUUACAAAGCUUCACAGUCACUAAAAGUAGAUGCUCCUGAAGUCAUGCUGGUGAAGCUUAAGGUGUGUAUGGAGUUUCAGUUAUAUAUCUGACAUACUCUAAGCGCAUACUCUUACUAUUCUCGUUUAAUAUAGUCCCCUACCGAUGUUUUUUAUGUGAGGGCGAAGUCAGAGCCAAGGCCCUUUGACUGACUGCAUAUUUGACUCCCAUGCAACAAAAAAACAACGACACAUACUGAUACAGGGUCAGUUUACCAACUGUCAACCACUGACUGGCACCUCUCCUUGUUCUUUAAGAUGUGAUAAGUCUUGGUUUUACUGUCAAAUGAUGGUGUUCAGCACUGUACUGUAGUUCUUCACUGCAGCCUCGUGGUGGGAGCAUGAGCUUUCAUUUAAACCACCAAAUAUACUGUAAGCACACCAUGUGUUUUUUGCUCUUAUUUUACAUACAUAACAGAACAGCAGUGAUUCUCAAAGUUGUGGUAUGCGAGAGAGACAGUGCCUGAGUUCAGUUCAGUUGUACUUAACUUUGAGGCUCAAUUGUUUGCAUUUAAUUUUUAAGAAGUGUUUCUUUUGGUUUAGGUUUAUUUAGGUACAAUUUUUAUUUGACUUUUAUGUGCAAUAUAUUUCAUUUGAAUUGUUAUUUAAGUACAGUUUUUACUGUAUUUUCCUAUAUUUAUGCGUAGUGCUCAUGUUCAAACUGUGCAAAGUUACAGUGGCCUAACAAUAAUAGUGAAUAUACCUUUUAGGAAUAAAACCUCUGCCUCGUUUUAGAUGAACACUUCAGCCCACUAUGCUACUAUAUUUUAGUGACGGUCAUAUCAUGGUGGUACUUGGAAAGCUAUGACGAGCAUCAAUUAUUUGUGGUCAGGCUCGGUCCCUAUCCCCCGCAAAUAGCGGGGGUCCACUGUAUUCACAAUAUUUCAUAUAUGUAAAAAAUGUACUGUACAUGAAAAGUGGAAUAUGUACUGUAAAGUGGGCCCCCGCUAUUUGCAAGGGAUAGGGGCUGACCCGGAAUUGCUAAAUCAGCGAAUAAUUCACGCUCAUUAUUAUUGCCAUGACUUUUUUUCAACUAUUUUUUUCCUGAAAAUAAAAAAAAAAAAAAAAAAGCCCAAAAAGUCAGGAUCGGGUCAAAAAAAAAGAAAGAUCUACAUCUGCGAUACCUGCUUCCAAUCGGGAUUCAUUUGGGCAAAUAGUUGUUGGUUCUUUAAAGUACGAGUCCUUGAAUCUUCUGAAAAUGUCUGCUUCAAACCAAUAUUUCUGACCUCCAGGUCAAUUUCAUCCAUGGGUACUUGAGGGUUUGCCAUGUGUCCAGGUAUGAUAGACCUGUCCACCAAUUUUAUUUUAUUUUUUCCUAACUUUCCAGGGCACUCAGUGACUUUUGGGUGGUCGUGUUUCAGUCUCCAGCUAUAUGUACAUUUUCACCAGAAUACACACUCUACACUUGGUUAUGUCUGUAUGUUAUACCUAUGGUAUCAAUCAAACUAUCGACCCAAUCUAUCUAUAAUAUCAAUGGUAUCUCUCUAUGAAUCAAUGUUAUACAUUUUAUCGGUGGUUUCUAUCUAUGCUAACAAUGCAUCAAUGGCAUCCAGUGUAGUCAAUGUGUAGGGUAUGUCGAGUAUGAGAUCCGUUAAUCCAUUAAGCAAUCGAUCUAUAAAUCUGUGGUAUCAAUUUGAUCUACCGUUGGCAUCAACGGUAUCUAUCCAUUGGUAUCUUUAUGUAUCCAUGGCAUCAAUGGGAUCCAUCUGUGAUAUCAAUGGUAUCUCACUGUGGCAUUAAUGGUAUCUACAACAUCUAUUGAUUUGUAUCAACGAUAUCGACUGUAUCUAUGGCAUCAAUGUAUCAGUGGAACAGUGGUAUCUCUCUAUAGCACAGGUGUCAAACUCAAGGCCCGGGGGCCAAAUCUGGCCUGCCAAGUCACUUCAUGUGGCCCGCAAAAGCAAAUCAUCUGUGUCAGCUUCCAUGAUUAUUGCUCAAAUUCUCAUAAAAUAAUAACAAUAAAUAGUAGCGUUGAGACAUUGCAAGCAUUUUCUGUUUAACUUGAACAUUUUCUGUUUAACUUGAACAAUAGUUGAACAAACUAUUAUCCUUGACUUCUGAUUUCAAAACUAGGUAUCCAUCAAUUUGUUGUGUGUAUGUAAUAAUGAGGUGACUAAACAUUUAUAUGGUUUCACAGUCAACGGCCCUCUGAGGGAAACCUUGACUACAAUGUGGCCCACAACAAAAAUUAGUUUGACACACCUGCUCUAUGGUAUAAUGCUGAAUGCUGAAGCCCCCCAAAAGGUCAUUAAAUCGUCGGAAGAAUAGUAAUAAACACCAAUUCCAAGAAGGCCUUCGUCCUGCCUCGGGAUCGGGCCUGAACUAUCACAAGGCUUUAUUCAUUCCAGCAGUACCUACAAAAUGCCACGAGGUGACAGUAUCGCUCUGUAAAUGCCUUCCUGUUUCCUCAACAUUAUGGGUGUCUUCAAAAUGUGAGCAGUUUUACUUUACCCCAGUUUUAUUAUACCACAGUUAAUUGAUUUAUUUACAGUUGCAUUACAGUUAUGAUUGUUCAAAUGUUACAUUCCCUGUACAGUUAAUAAUAAUUUUAUGACAGUUUUGAGCCUGGAAUUAAUUAAUUCACUUUACAUUAUUUCCCAUGGGAUCAUUUGUUAAAACACAUAGAUAGCAGUCGAGCAACUUGGGAAUGAUUCAUUCAUUUCAACCCCACCGUGUGUCACUGGACCUCCUAUCAGCCCAUAAGGAGGCCCAAAAGAAAGUCUCACAGGUGGACAUUUUCACACCUCAUACAAGACGCCGGGCAAGAAUGGUGAGGACAGAGUGUCUAUUUUGGAGAGCCACUCACAAGGGCGCUGGAAUCUAUAUAUCCAGCCUCUUUGUGCCCUUCUUUCUCAUCUCAGAAAAAGCAGCCGGCGAGAAAUUUUGUCGCAUAUUGUGUAAGAGGGAGACACAAGAAGAGCUGUCACUAUGUCUGAGGCGUGAGUACAUUUCAGCUUCAUUGUAACAUUACUCACAUUUGAACUGUGAAUGUUUAAAUAAGUAUCAUUAACAAAAUGUUGCCUCUACUCUCUCACUAUGAAUCAAUGUCACCUUCUGCUUACAUGCUCAGGCCUUCGAGACCAAAAAUCUCUGCAUCUCGCAGACUAUUUUUGAAGACCAAAAUGAUGAAGAAGGCCACGGUGAUGCUGGAGAAUGACAAGCAAGUAAGACGAGACGAACGGGAGAGAACCCUGACUGAGAAAGUUCCGGAACUCCAGAUGUCCAACCUGUCUACACAGGAACUGCAGAAUCUUUGCAAAGAGCUACACCAGAAGAUUGAUGUCGUUGAUGAGGAUCGUUAUGACAUUGCUUUAAAGGUGGCCAAAAAUGAUAUAGAGUUGCGGGACCUGUCUCAGAAGAUCUACGAGCUGAAGGGCAAAAUGAAGAGGCCGAACCUGAAGAGGGUGAGGGUGUCUGCAGACGCCAUGUUGGGAGCGCUGCUGGGUGCCAAAGUCAAAGAGUCUGUGGACUUCAAGGCUAACCUCAAGACUGUGAAGAAAGAGGAGGAGAAGAAAGAGGAAGUGACAGACUGGCGUAAGAACGUGGAUGCCAUGGGUACGGGUAUGGAGGGCAGAAUGAAACUGUUCAAUGCCGGCCAGUAGACGUCGGUCUCGUCAUCUUUGGGAAGACAUUUUCCAUCAGACUUGGAUGAAGCCAAUGGGCCGAGUGACUGUCGCUCAUUUUUUGAAAAACACUUUUACUAAUCGGGCAAACCUGUGAAGGAAAAUAGUGAAAACAUCAUCUGUAUGAUCAUUCUCAAUAAGAAGAAUGUCAUAACAAUGUAAGGGUGACAUCUGAAUCUUAUGACAUUUGAAUCAUAAAUGUGUAGUUUUUAAUAGCAGUGAGUACAGAAUAUCAUGUUAAAUACAAACGUGCACUUCAUGCAAUAUCUAAGUCCUGAUGAUGUAAUCAUAAAAAGGUGAAUAAUUGUGUCA